AUUAUUAAGCCAGAAAAUCAGAUAAGUGCGUAAUUAAACCAUAUAAUUAUUUGUAUUUAAGCAACCUUCAAAGUCACGGUCAAGGUACAAUCAUCCUCACACUUUGGCAGAGCAUUAUUCCCUUGAACUUGACUUUUCCAAAAUGUUCAUAAAAGUCGUUUGCGUCUUCCUCGUCGCCGUGGUCAUCACGCCCCGCCACGUCCUCGGCGCCACACAAGCUUACAACUGCGUGCGUGAUGGCUACUUCAAAAUCAACACGGCAGAUAUUCCGGUCUACUGUCCAGGGACUUCGACUAGCGCAACUCAAACAUUCUGCGACUACGUCCUCUGUUCGUACUACCCGUCCUUGGGCAGAUUCACCCGGACGUUUUACACCUGUCCCUUGGACAUUGACCCGUUAAACUUAACCAAAGACGAGAACGAGUUUAACGAAGCGACACAAACUUGUCAGCCACGAGCAGCCGCUACAACUCCAGCACCCGCUCCUGGGGGGACAUAGGUACGAAAUGUGCUACCUAAUAACGAACUUACGAUUUAACAACUUAUUAACUUAAUAACUUAACAAAAAGUAAUCACCCACAUGAAUACGAUUACUUUAAUUUGCAUAAUAUGCAUAAUAUAAAUAUAUAUUUGCGUAAUAUAAAUUACAUAAUAAAAUUGUUCAACAUAUAUGUUACUACUGUUGACUGUAGAGUUGUAUAGGAAAGUAAAGUCUAUCAAUUAUUUUCUAAAUUAAAUAUAGCAAUUUUUUGCAUAUAGGAAUAUUAUUAAUCGGCCCAGUAAAAUAGUAAAAAAUACCCAGUAAAGUGGUAAAAACCAAUAAUAGUAACUGUUGCCCAGAUAAAUAGUUUUAUGAACCCAAUAUUAAAGUAAAAAGGUCCAAUAAUGUUGUUCGCCAAAUUACCUUAUUAACACAAUAUUAAGCGUGAUAUGCAAAUACAUAGUGGUAGGUAUCUUUUACUCAGAGCUUGAAACUUAGCCAUCUAAACAGAUAAAUUAUUGCAGUCAGUCACCCUCUCGUUGUUCAUAGUUCUUGUCAGUUUUUUGCCAUGGCCUCCCAAACUUCAGACGACUUCAAAUUUAUAUUUGAAAGUUUAAAGAAAGGUACCACCGAGGAAUACAAGCCUAGUAUUCUAAUAGCCGACGCGUCAGAAUCCAUCACAAAUGGAUUUAAAGAAGCGUUCGGUUCGGACAUUACCCGUAUUUACUGCUGGUUCCACUUGUGCAAAAAUAUCGAUGCCCGACGUUCUACUAUCAAGGACAAAGACGGUCGAAAGAGCGAAUACCAGGAUUACCUAACUCAAAAUCAUUUCAUUAAGAACCAUCUGUGUCCCUCGCAUUGCAGACAUCUGCUUUUAACUCGGUUCAAAACAAACCCGAUAUCAAAUAUCGUACCUAUGAUGACAAUGUUACCACAUAGUUCAUUUCAGCAGCAAAUCAACCAAAACUUAAGGAGGACGAUAUCAAUAGAUAUUUACGAUUAAGAGAACGACGAAGUUGAAAGACUUUUGACACAUACAAGAGUUGUUUAGGCAGGCUAUGGUUAGUGAAAUUUAAUACUCAUCAGUGAAUUAAAUCUUCACGCUCGAGCCCUGCAUUCUUAAAAAUGUAUUUAUGUAAACACAUAAUGGCAUUGCUAUUGUACACAAAUUGUUUGGCCCUGGAUGCAAUUCCAAAGCCAAGAAGGCAUUAAUUCCUAUGUAAAAAUUUAUCAUCGAAUAAGGUGGAGGAAAUAAAUAUUUGAUUUAUGUUUAUAA